GAGGGUUAGAGAGCUGCAGAAGAAGAAGCAGCAUGGAGACCCCGCAGCAGCAGGCCGACCCGGCCCCGGCCCCCCUGGAGUACGAGGGGGCCCACCAGGCCUUCAAGGACCGCUGGAGGAAGACCGACGCCUCCAUGUGUCGCCACAGCAUGUCCUUCCACCUGCACCACACGCUCCGCAGCGAGUUCUUCGCCAGCUACCUGUACCUGCUGGAGAAGACGCCCGUGGUGAAGCUGUUCCCCGUCACCUGCGAGUACAUCAAAGGAGAGAAGCAGUUCUACUACCGGGCCCAGAAGUUCUACCAGGACGUCCCCGCCUCGGAGGAGGGCAUGAUGGGAGAUUUCCUGGAGAUCUCCCACGUGGACCUGGAAGGUUCCCGCCAGUUCCUGAGGAGGUUUGUGGGACCGGGAAAGGCCGGCACCCAUUGUGCGUUGGAUUGCGGGUCUGGAAUCGGGCGUGUGACCAAAAACGUCCUCCUGCCCGUCUUUGAGAAGAUGGAGCUGGUGGACAUGAUGGAGCACUUCCUGCUCCACGCUCACGAGGAGUACCUGGGCGACGGAGCCGACCGCAUCGAGACCUACUACUGCUACAGCCUGCAGGAGUUCACGCCGCCCAAGAACAAAUACGACGUCGUCUGGAUGCAGUGGGUGGCGUGCCACCUGACAGACAAGGACCUGAUGAACUUCCUGUUUCUCUGUAAGAAGAGUCUCCGUCCCGACGGCGUCAUCAUCAUGAAGGACAACAUGGCGCGGCAGGGCUGCAAGCUGGACCCCAUCGACAGCAGCAUCGGCCGCCACCUGGACAUCAUGAGGUGCAUCAUCGCCAAGGCCGGCCUGGAGAUCCUGGCCGUGGAGAAGCAGGAGGGAUUCCCCGAGGGCAUCAUGCCCGUCUGGAUGAUCGCCAUGAAGUAGAACUGGAACCGUGUCACGCAGAAGCCGUCAGAUAUCUGUUCCCACCACCCCAGAGCCGACCCGCGGGGCCGAUCCAACCCCAGGACACUGAAAAACACUGACUGAAAACCCUUGAUUAUUGUUGUUAGACUGGGAGGAUUUCACACCGAAUCUUUUAAAAAGCUUGCUGGGACUUUUGUGGUCAGUAGACGUGUCAAAAUCCAACCUGAAGCCAACAAGUUGUUCUGGCUUUUAGCUUUGAUUUGUCAAAAAAAGGCGAGAAAUGUUUGGGACUCAGGGGACAGGAAGACGAACUGUUCAGGCAGGAGUCCAAAAGAAAAGAAAAGAAAUAGAUGGAAAAAACCCAAUAAAUCCAAACUUGGCAGCAGGAGUAACGUUACAUUAAAGAUAACAUUAUAAAGCAGAGAACACAAGACGGAACCGGGCCAGGGUUCAUAUGUGUACAACGGCUCCCAUGUGAGAACGUCUGGGUCGAUCCAGGACGUAGGAACAUCUGCAGUUCCUCCACUGACCACUAGGGGCAGAUCCUACAGGACAAAUAAACCUAGUUACAGUCUGAAAGAACACACAGUUUUGUUACUUUCCCCUGACGACGGAUGGGAUCCAGCAGAUCCCUGUGACCUGAACAGGACUACACAGGUUCAGAUAAUCGUUAGGGGCGUAGUGUUUGAUUGGCGGCUUCUGACGUCUGAGCUGUGUAUAAAGACCCAACAGAACAUAAUUAUUCAUAUUUGACAGAGAAGUUUGGUUGUGUUUAAGUUCAUGACCAGACCACCAUGGCUGGCUGAGGGUUGGCACGGACCUUUCAAACUGACCCAGAACCCUCCAGACCACCCUUAAAACCUUCCAGACCAACUCUAGAACCCUCCCAAUUAACCCCAGAAGCUUCCAGACUGAUCCACAAACCCCCAGACCAACCCUAGAACCAUCCAGAUCGAUUGAUAACCUUCCAAACCAACCCUAAUAGUUUCCAGAUCAAUUGAUAACCUUCCAAACUUACCCAGAACCCUCCAAACCAACCCUAGAACCUUCCAAACUAACCCUAGAACCCUCCAAACUAACACAGAACCCUCCAAACCAACCCAAGCUUUUUCCAGACCAACCAUAAAACCUUCCAAACCAACCAAGAAAACUCCAAACCAACCAACCAAACCUAACUGUAGAACCUUCCCAAUCAAUUGAUAACCUUCCAAACCAAUCCAGAACCCUCCGAACCAACCUUAGAACCCUUCGGACCAACCCUAGAACCUUCCAAACUAACCCUAGAACUCUUCAAACCAACCCUAGAACCUUCCAGAUCAAUUGAUAACCUUCCAAACUAGCCUAGAACCUUCCAAACUAACACGGAACCCUCCAAACCAACCCUAGAACCUCCCAAACUAAACCUAGAACCCUCCAAACUAACACAGAACCCUUCAGACCAACCUAAGAACCUUCCAAACCAACCCUAGAACCUUCCAAACUAACACGGAACCCUCCAAACCAACCCCAGAACCUUCCAAACUAACACAGAACCCUCCAAACCAACCCUAGGACCUUCCAAACUAACCCUAGAACCCUCCAAACCAACCCUACAACCUUCCAAACUAACACAGAACCCUCCAAACCAACCCUAGAACCUUCCAAACCAACCCUAGAACCUUCUAAACCAACCCUAGAACCCUCCAAACUAACUCAGAACCCUUCAGACCAACCCUAGAACCUUCCAAACUAACCCAGAACCCUCCAAACUAACCCUAGAACCCUCCAAACUAACACAGAACCCUCCAAACCAACCCUGAACCCCCCCAAAACCUAACUGUAGAACCUUCCCAAUCAAUUGAUAACCUUCUAAACCAACCCAGAACCCUCCGGACCGACCCAAGCUUUUUCCAAACCAACCCUAGAACCCUCCAAACAAAUCCAGAACCCUCCAAACCAACCCAAUAACCUUCCAAACCAACCCUAGAACCCUCCAAACAAAUCCAGAACCCUCCAAACCAACCCAAUAACCUUCCAAACUAACCCUGAAUCUUCCAAACCAACCCAGAAACCCCUGAACCUAACCGUAGAACCUUCCCAAUCAAUCGAUAACCUUUCAGACCAACCCUGAACCCUCU